UAUUCAUAACACACACCUUCGUUCCUCUAAGAUUCUUGAUUUGAUUGGGAAACUUUAAGCAAAUGGGUAUCGUUAGGAACCUUUGUUCUAUUAAAUUUGAAGUGAAAAUCGUAGAAGCGAGAAACGUAGAGCUUAAGUCAUCACCAAGUUCUCUCUUCGUUAGAUUCUAUCUUUAUGCAGGGAGUAACCGUAAGAUCGAACUAAACACUGCAGGGAUCUGCUCGAGAUCAGACCACGAGGCCAUGAUCUGGAACCAAUCAUUCGGUCUGGAGUGCCAAGGGAACGAAACCGCGGUCGAGGAACUGAAGCAAGAAAGCGUCGUUUUCGAGCUGCGGAGAAGGAAAACGGGGUCGUUUUUGAGGAAGUGGUCGAGAUCGGAGCUGGUGGGCAGAGGAGAGAUUUCUUGGAAAGACGUUACUGAGUUGGAUGGGAUGGAAACAGAGAGAUUUGUUGUGAUGGGUGAGACGAAAGAUCGGAUCUUGGAAGAUUGUAAUAAGCCUCUUUUAUUGAAGAUCGCUUUAAAAGUCCAAGCUUCAAAAUCGGUGAACAUUGAGAGAGUGGAAGAUCUUUGUGGGUGUAGAGAUUGUAGGAGAUGUAAUUGCUUAGAUUAUGAAGCUUUUGUUGUGGCAUGUACGUUAGCUGGUAUCUAGUUUGUAAGUGUAAGCUAACUGUUGAACGUGGAUUCGCACGGGUCAAACAACUCAAUUUAUGUUGGAGAGUUCGGAGAUUCUCUGUUAAA